AUGGAUCUAACGCUUUUUAGCUUUACUAGAGCAGUGGAUCUAGUAGCCUGCAUCAUAUGGGCCCGAUGGCGACGGUGGCGGAGCGCUCGGGGUCGCUGGAGUCGCGCAGAGUCUCUGGCGCCAAAGCUUGCGGAUUCGGGCGUAUUUGCCGCUAGUGCAGCAGUCGUGAUGUGGGCAUGGUUUUACCUACCCGAAAGGUUGCCAAAGUCUUACGGAAAAUGGAUUGGAGAGGUAGCCAGGGUGGAUUCCCGGUUGAUUGAAGCACUUCGCCGAGUCAGGAGAGGGGUCUUCGUGUAUGGGAAAGACACGGGGCAAGCGCCUCUACUCCAGUCCAUGUGCAAGGACUACGGCUGGCCUAUCGAAUGGGGAGAUCCCGCCAAAACAAUUCCUAUUCCCUGCGAAAUGGUACACAUGAGCUGUGGGCCUAAUUGUGAGAAACAUGCCGUAUCUCGAUUCGUUCGAACGUUUGGGUUUGCCUGUGCAACUUAUAUACCUUUACAAAUUGCCUUCCGGCUCCGCAGAUUGAAGUCGGCAUCGUCACUCCGCCGGGCUGUAUCUGACGCCUUGCGCUCAUCUGCAUUCCUUGCUUCGUUUGUGAGUAUCUUUUACUAUUCCGUGUGCCUCGCAAGAACCAGAAUCGGACCAAAGAUAUUCCCACGAGAUGUAGUAACCCCCAUGAUGUGGGACUCCGGGCUUUGCGUUGGAGCUGGAUGUUUGAUGUGCGGCUGGAGUAUACUUGUAGAAAGCCCAUCGAAACGGCAGGAGUUAGCAUUGUUUGUGGCACCUCGAGCUGCUGCAACUGUGCUCCCAAGGUUCUACGAUAAGCAGUACCAAUAUCGAGAGCGCAUUACUUUCGCUGUUAGCGCUGCCCUUCUUCUCACUUGUCUUCAAGAGCGACCUGGCUUGGUAAGAGGCGUUUUUGGCAGGAUUGCAACGAGCGUCCUGAAAUAA